AUGUCUAUCCCGUGGAACUCAUCAUGGAGAGGAUGUGCAGCAAACUUUCCUCAACCUGUCAGUGAAGAAAGUGAGCUUGGAGCUCAAUUUUUGGUAGAAACUGUUUACUACUUUAAUUGUCGUAUUGUAGACCCCCCUUUGCCUGACAUAGUGUACAGAAGCAGCAAUAGAGAAGUAGACAUCCUCCGCCAUGUCUUUCGCUGGGAUCUUACCCCCUAUCAGGAGGUUUUUCAGAAUGGUUUCCAAGCAAGGCGUCAAGAAGGCACUUUAGAUGAAAUCUACUUCAAUUUGGAUCACUAUGUCCAUCAUGGCGGUAGGCCUCUUGAUUCCAGCCGGCCCGCUACCCAUGCCUUCGUUAGCACCACACUUAGCAGCAGUUGGCAUCCUAGCCUCGACCCUGAGACUGAGAUGGAAGUAUAUCGAUACGAGAUAUAUGCUCCUGGUGGCAUUUGGGUUGCUGAGACUCUUGGUGAACGUUACCAGUACCCUUCCCAAGAUGAGGUUUGCUUUGUUGCUGGCAUUGCCCCUCAAUACAUUCGGUCUGCCCAACGCUUCAGGCUUAUUCGUGGUGACGCGAGGUUUACAAGACGGGAGAGAGUAGAUAAUGUAAUAAGAGUAAAUGGGUACUAUGAUCCACAAUCACAUCCACCAAGAUUGCUCAACAUUCAAAGGCCAAUAUUUGAUUACGUGGAUGAAAAUGGUAGGAGGCCGCCUCUAGCCAUUAGCAUUUACCAACGUCGUUCCGUUUCCGAUCGACAGAAACGAGAAGUGUCCACUAACUCUGGCGACCCCAUGGAUUGGUAUGCUCGCGAUGUGGCUAACUAUGAGAGUUACAUAGAUGCUGCAUUUCGUUCGUCUAAAACAAAUGAAGCCUAUAUAUUCAUGAAGAACGAAUAUGUGCUACUAAACUAUGUUUCAGGCACGACAAAUGACAAGGUGUUGAAUGGACCGCUUCUUAUCUGUGAUGGAUACCCAUCCCUCACAAGCACAGCCUUUGCAGAACAUGGAAUAGAUUGUGCUUUUGGAUCUCAUCAUGGGGAUGAAGCACUCAUCUUCUCUGGCAAUCUCUGUGCACAUAUUAAUUACACACCACACGCCACAAAUGACAAGAUAAUCAGAGGCCCGAUGACCAUCACUGCAAUGUUCCCCUUCUUCAAAGGGACGGCGUUCGAAAGCAGCGUAGAUGCCGCAUUUGAGGCAACAACAAAAUAUGAAGCUUACCUCUUCAAAGACAACCAAUAUGCUCUUAUAAACUACGGUUCUAAUUCCCGCCUCAUCGCCAUCGUCUCAUUGUUAAUGGCUUUCCUAGUUUGAAAAACACAAUCUUUAAAAGGGGAAUUGAUGCAGCGUUUGCUUCGCACAGGACUAAUGAGGCAUACCUAUUCAAAGGAGAUUCCUACGCACUCAUUAACUUUGCUCCUGCCACCCUAGACGACUACAUCAUUGAUGGCGUGAAGAAUAUCCUUCCCAAUUGGCCCUCUUUACGUAGGAUCUUGCCUCGAAAAAAUCGUGGUCUUGACGUUCAUGAUCACGCUAAACCUGAUGCUGACCGUGACCACGAUGAACUUUAAAAAGUCAGUCUUAUGUGCCAAAGUGUGAAUGGCAUACUUUAAAAAGUCAGUCUUAUCUUUAGUUGGAAUAAUUAAGGAUGUAGUGGAGAUUGGGGUUAUCUUAUCUUCUCCUCCUUGAACCACCUUAUCCUCUAGCUUAGGCUAGAGGUUCUUUGGAUUAUUUUAUCUUUAAAUUAAGUCAAUAAUUUGUAAACGGGCA